AGGAUUCCCUCCUUUCGUAGAAGCAUGGGGAAUCAGUCCAGCAAGCUGACUUUGGAGGAGCAGAUGCGCGCCAAUAAACGCAUGAUAAACCGGGCCGUUAGGGAGCUCGAUCGGGAGAGGAUGGGGUUGCAAAGGAAUGAACAAAAAUUAAUAACCGAUAUCAAACAAGCUGCUAAGAAGAAUCAGAUGGGACCAGUGAAAAUCAUGGCUAAGGAUUUGGUCAGAACUCGUCGAUACGAGUCGAAGUUUUUGGAAAUGAAGUCGCAUCUACAGGGUGUCAGUUUGAGGAUGCAGACUGUCAAAUCGACAGAGGCAAUGGCGAGGAGUAUGAAGGGAUGCACCCAGGCUAUGGCUCGUAUGAAUAAACAGCUUAAUCUACCCCAAUUACAGAAGAUAAUGCAGGAGUUCCAGGAUGAGACGGAGAAGAUGGGCUUGACUGAAGAGGUUAUGGGAGAUACCAUUGAUGAUGUCCUUGGUGAGGUUGGUGAUGAGGAAGAGGAGGAGGCCAUAGUGGGCCAGGUCUUGGAGGAGAUUGGUGUUGAUAUGAAUGAGGUCUUGGCUAAUGCUCCAGGAUCAGCCUUACCUGCUGGCCAGAAGACUUCGGUGGGAGUUGGCAAGAAAACUCAGCAACAGGCUGUCGCUGAGGGUGCGGCUGCUGCUACUGGCAAGCCAAAUGGUAGUAGGACAGACAAUAAGAAAAACAACGGAGGGAAUGAUGAUGGAUCUCCUCCAUCCCCUCCACCACCUCCAGAGAACGACUUGGAAAGUAGACUCAAUGCAUUAAAGCGAUGAUAGAUGUUUCAAGAGAGGGUAUAUCUACCGUUUUGUAAAAGAGAGCUGAUCCCUACUGUAUAUCAACUGUCACUAUGCUAUCUGGAGCCUCAUCAUUGCCUCGUCGAACCCUCUCCAUUG